ACUCUCGCGGAAUCGCCUGUCUCCUCUUUUUCAGUCUCGGGGCUUCUCAAAAAAGAGCCAUACGUCUCUAUGUCCGACGGGCUAUGACAACGUCACUGCUUCUCCGCCCGCGCUGGAUUGACCCGGUCAUGUUUCUAUAUGAUAACGGUGGCGGCUUGGACGAUACCGGCAAGAAUAUGGAAGGGUUCACGGGAGGUAACUUCUCGCCGAGCCCGUGCAGGAAUUUGAUGGCUCACCCUGCCUCUCUUGCUCCCAGCGCUGCUUAUCCGUCAAGCGAAGUGGCUGCCGCUGGAGCGGGUGAGCCUGGGAAGCAAUGCAGCCCCUGCGCAGCCGUCCAGGGUUCAGCCAGCGCUUCAAUUUCCUACGGAUAUUUCGGUGGCGGUGGAUACUAUCCUUGCCGAAUGUCCCACCACCACGGGGCCGGUGGAGGUGUGAAGACAUGCACCCAGUCCCCCUCCUCUGCCUCACCUUACGGGGAAAAAUACAUGGACACGUCCGCUUCUACAGGCGACGAUUACACCACCUCACGCGCCAAAGAGUUUGCCUUCUACUCGAGCUACGCCUCGAGCCCGUAUCAGCCAGUUCCCAGCUAUCUGGAUGUUCCCGUAGUCCAGGCAAUGAGCGGGCCUGCAGAGACCCGGCAUGAGUCCUUAUUACCAAUGGAGAGUUACCAACCGUGGGCUAUCACAGCUAGUGGCUGGAACGGGCAGGUCUACUGCACCAAAGAGCAGCCACAGACGGGAAACGUCUGGAAGUCGCCUAUACCAGAGGUAGUGUCUCACGGAGGGGCAGACGGUAGUUCUUUUCGCCGCGGGAGGAAGAAACGUGUUCCAUACACCAAGGUGCAGCUGAAGGAGCUCGAAAGGGAGUAUGCCGCAAACAAGUUUAUCACCAAGGACAAACGCAGGCGGAUAUCCGCUCAGACCAACCUGUCUGAACGACAGGUUACUAUCUGGUUCCAGAACCGACGGGUAAAGGAGAAAAAAGUCGUCAACAAAUUAAAAACCAACAGUUAGCUUUGCUCUGUGUAAAUGCAAGUGAACAAUUUUGAACAGCGAUGGUCCACACACACUCAAAGCGAUGAAAUUAUUGACGUUUUAACGAAUUUAACGAUUUUUUUCCCCCUUGGACUACCGCUUUGAAGUGAUCACUUUGGACCGGAGAGGGUUGUUGGUGAUGCGGUGCGUCAUUUAUUGUCUGCAAACGGUGUAUGGCCAUAUUACCAACUCAGGACAAAGAGAGCCAAAAGAUAAGUUUGUUUGUUGAGAUUAUUUUCUGCUCACCAAAAUAUCUUGUGGAGAGAAAUACAUUGGAUAUUGAAAUUGUGAUACUGUAACUCUUUACAGUGUGGUACGACUUUUCUUUCACCACCUCCAGUGUCGAUUAUAACUGAAAUUAUACUUUGCUUGAAAUCUCAUGAAAUUUCGUUUCAUGCUGGAGAAUAUGAGGUAUGGAGCCUGUCCAAGCCAUGUACAAUCUGUGGUUAUAUUUGUGCCAAAAUAAUAUACCCUUCACUUUAGACUUGUGUUUUAAAGAGUACCGUAAGUGUGUUUUGUCGUUGUAUAGUGUUGCGCAAACCCCUCCUAAUAAACCAUUCAUAAGAAAAAUAUGUAUGCGACGAAAUAAUUUACACUUCAGUAUUGCAACAUCAAACCACACGAUAAUAUUAUCCAUUAACAUGGCAAUAAUACUAAACUAGAACACUGAAUAGAAUUUAACAUGAGUAGCUCUUUGUAAAUGUAGUAGGCUAGCUAGCUAGUAAUUAACCUGUUGGAUGGUGUCCAAAACUUUAUGGACAGUAAAAUAUGUGUCUUCGUGAAUAUACACUUUUUGUUCUUGUCCAUAGACUUGAACAAAAAAUGAUGCAUUUUGGAUUUGUUCUCGAGUGCCUGCGAAAACUAGGGGACUGCAGCCGUGUGAUAGAGCAAUUGCGCCAUCUUCUGAUGUCCAUUUGUAAGUGAAGCGGCUGGUCUUGGGCAUGUUAAUUAUUAAAUGUAAUAAAACCUAAAAAUAAAUAAUUUUACAAAUUCAAUCACACACAAUAAUCUGUUAUGUAUCAAUGUAUAAUAAUUCAUUUACGUUUGCCUUGUUUUAGAAAUUAUUUUCUACUUAGGCAUAUGCAGGUAAAUAAUAUAAAAUAAGAAUAAGAAAGCAUACACACACACACACACACACACAAACAGAAACAUUUUUAACAUUUUUUUCCACUGUAUUAUUAACAAUACAGUUUUGUUGCCUGUUUUGUUGUUGAGAUAGACUGGAUAUGUUUACAUUGCUUGUUGAUUAGGCAAUGACAAUUAUCAAUAAGCAAUGUAGCCUACGAUUAUGAUUGCAAAGUUCAUGUACGAUUACAUAGAUAUUUUACACAUUAAAAUGUAAAUUGCCAAGUAGCUAAUGGAUUGAUUGAGAAAUAAAAAUAAAAUAAAAUUAAGUCUUAUAGAUAAAUGUUAAUUUAUUCAAAUUACACAUGACGAAACGUCUACAAGUAAGAGUCCUUGAAGAACAUCGCGUGUUUAUCAAGCCUCUGUCGUUUAAACUGACUUAGCUCAAUAU